AUGCGCUCUUUCGCUCUCAUCGCCGGCCUUGCAGCACUCGCUGUUGCUUCGCCUAUGCCUCAGGACCCUAACGACAUUGUUGCUGAUCUUCCAAUCCCGGACAUCGUCUCGGCUCCCAUCGGCGCCGCUGACAAUGACACCGUUGCUUAUGAUCCCAAUGCCGCCGCAGCUGCCGCAGUCGCUGUAGUCCUUUCUGAUACAUCGGAUGACAAUAGCGUUGUGAACAAGAGGUCUCUUGAGGAGCGCGGUGCAUGCACUCCUCAGCCCCUGGGCUCGGGUCCUACCUCCCCCGAGGUCGCCGAUGACCCGACUUCCUUCCAGAACUAUGGUGGAUUCUCGACUGCAGCAACCAGCGCCGUAACACCUUCUCGCUACGUCCAGACUUUCAAGGACCAGAAGGCGUCGGUCAACGCUUGCGGCUACUUGACCUACAAGACUUACACAUCUUACGAUGUCGACCAGGCAGCUGCUGAUUGCGACGCUAUCGUUGGAUGCAAGGGAUUCAACAUCUUCUUCGAACGCGACCCCACACUGAACCCUGCAGCUGGUUGCCCCAACCCUGCUUCCACUACCGUGAUCAAGGCCUCCUUCUGGGGCAAUGUCCUCAACCCCAUCGUUGCGACCAACUCUGGCCAGUACCGCAACAAAUUCCAGGUCGUCAUCGCCGGAUCCAACGCCUACAACGUGAAAGAAGUCGACUCCUCCCUCACCGGCUACUCCCAAACCCAACUGGGCAACUGCGCCAUCCAAGCACCAGGAACCACCUGCACCACCGGCCAACCCGACUCUCUGCUCGCCAGAACACUGACAUUCCAAGACGGCGUCCUCGAUCACACCCGCUGCCAAAAGGCCUGCGACAACCUCACCGGCGACAACGCCUGCAAGUUCUUCACCAGCUACAUGCUCGUCACCAACGGCAAGUGUGGCGUUCAGCAGUGCGCUUUCUACAAGCGUGCCUGGGAUCCCGCUACUUACUGCAAGAACUUCGGACAGGGCAACAUCUCCAUCCAGUGGUCUUCGAGCUUCACCAGCGCUGAUGAUGGUGUUGCGACUUGCCCCCUCAAAUCACGCAGUCUAUUCUAA